UUUUCUAUUCCUGUCCAAGUUUCUCGCAUGGCUCCCGAUUCAACAUCUAUCGCUACCAACAUCGACAUCACCAACUUUAAAAACUCCUCUGGUUAUGGCCAUCUGUCUGAUAAGAUUUCUUUCACCUUGCGCGCAACUUCCCUUCUUGUUAGUAUGACAACCUGCUCAAAAUGUUCGGCCUGUAACGAACCGGCCUAUGACGAGCAAAUCGCGGUCGGUUGGUCUCCACUUUGUGACGCUGAAACCGUCACUCAUUGUCCUCAUUGCCGUGCUCGUAUGCUUUUGCCUCGACUGACGAUACGUGUCUUCGCGGAAACCGUUGGAAUGUCGUCGCAACAACAGGCACGAUGCGUUGUACCUCCUUCAUACCCGGCUUCUUGCGGUCAAAGUUACUCUCGGGUUCAGUCGCCUAAUCGGACAACAAGUAGAAAGAUGGCAGUACGGCCGAGCCUUGCUUUUCCAAAAGGUGGCCUGCAGUUUCUAACUCCUCUAGGUCUUGUCAACAUCUCCAGCGGGAGUCGGACCAUUACAGUGCAGUGUAAUUUCGAUACCUUAGCCACUACGCCACAUUGCCGCGAGGGCCCUUGA